GGGGCUUGCACCGAAUAUAGCCGGGAAGCAGCAAGCGGCCAAUGAGGAGCGUGCAGUCAAGCGCUGUCUUAUUUUUUUUUAUUGUGAUGUUUCAGUCCGAGGGCAGCAUUCAGCCAAUCAGAAGCCAGCAGUGAUGCCUGACUUGUCGAGGCUGUGUUAUGGGGCAGGUAGAGUUUGGUAGUGGUUCUUCCUAGAGAGAGGCUCCCAUCAUGAGGGCCGUGACUGUGCCCUGUAGGAUGAAGUGAAGUCGGCUGUAUGGCGAGCCUUAAGAGGGAUACUCGCCUGACACCCUGGCAGAGCACCCUGUGUGGGGGAGUAGCCGGGGUGGUGAGUCGCACAGUCACUGCUCCUCUGGAUGUCGUGAAGGUUCUCAGCCAAGUGGGCACGUUCCACAGCAAGCAGGGCAUCGGCGGGACUUUCCAGCUGCUGUGUAAGGCGGAAGGUGUGCGAGCUCUGUGGAAAGGUAACCUAACUGCCUGUGUGCGCCUCUUUCCCUAUAGUGCUGUGCAACUGGCAGCCUAUCGCAGGUUUACUUCGCUGUUUAUGGAUGAUUUGGGCCGGAUUUCAAAAUGGCAAGCCAUAGUUUCAGGUGGUCUGGCUGGAGUGGUUGCAGCAGCUGUCAUCUAUCCAACUGAUGUCGUCAAGACAAGACUAAUAGUUCAGAACAGCCUUGAACCAACAUACAGAGGCAUACUACAUGCUUUGUGUUCUAUAUAUUAUCAGGAAGGAUUCCGCUCUCUCUAUAGAGGCAUUUCACUAUCUGUGCUUGGAGCAAUUCCUUUCUCAGCAAGUUUAUUUUUUAUGGAUAUUAGCUUGGAUAGAAUCUGGCAGGAAUCUGGUGUUCACUUAUCUCCUCUUCAGCAUUUUGCUAAUGGCUGUUUGGCAGCAGCAGUAGCACAGACCAUGUCUUUCCCUUUUGAAACUGUAAAAAGGAAAAUGCAGGCACAGAGCCAACUUCUUCCUCACUGUGGCGGAGUUGAUGUCCAUUUCAAUGGGAUGGUCGAUUGUUUUAGGCAAAUUGUAAAGACAAAGGGAGUGCUGAGUCUUUGGAAUGGUCUUACUGCCAACCUUCUAAAGGUGGUGCCCUAUUUUGGCCUGAUGUUCAGCACAUAUGAAUGUUGCAAGCGGUUUUGUCUUUAUCAGAAUGGUUAUAUUAUAUCUCCUCUGGGUUACCAGUUGACCCCUGGUGUAGAUCAGAGUCUUCGACCUCAGGAGUUGCAGGAGCUACGCAAAUUUCUACGAGCUAAGGACUUUGCAGCCAGAAAACCAUCACUGAAGAGUUGAUUGUGGAAAAAAUAUUACAGAAGAAAGAUUGAUAAAGCUGGCCACCGGUGAACAGUUUCUAACUGGGCUUUAGAACCAACUGUGCUUGUAAAACAGUGAAAACCAUUGCUUUGGGUGAUUAAACUCUGGUGUAAUGACAGCAUAGUCAGUGGGCAAGGAACUCCAAACUGAAUGAUGGCUGAAUUUGGCACGGGAGAAGUAAUGAGCCAUCCUACAAUUGCAUGGUCCCAAAUUUUCUCUGCACUGACUUUUCGGCCAGUGGGCUGAUUAAUAGGAUACUAUUACACUAAUAUCUGGAUGAUCGGUCAGCUAUUUAUAGCAGCCAGGUUACAAAAUAAUGCUUAUGAUUGCUCAGCUUGAUCCAUACAGUAUAAUGUUUGUGUAUCUAAUGUAUGUGCAUAUGUGUUGGAAAUAAUAGCCAUGAUCCCACAGUGCUUUUACUUUUAUAUACCUAUUUUUCUGUUUAGGGCAACAUUUAACAUUUCUAUGGAAAUUUUUUUUUCUGUAUUAUACUUCUAAAAUGAAGUGGAUCUGGUGUAAAGUGAACAGAUCCCGGCAGUAAAGACCUAAUACAAUGGCUCGAGUACAGCAACAGCUGUGCGGCCUUCAUUUUUUUAAUCUCUGACCUAGCGAAUGCUGUUUCCAGCGUUCAGUAGUCAGAUUUAGCUCCUCUCAUCAUCUGUUGAAAGCUAUUAAUCUCUCCUAGAGCCAAAGAGAAAUGUGUGCAAUGACAAAUCCAUCUCUACGUAUCAGAGCAGGGUCAGCGUGCUCAGAUGGGAUGUGUUUUACUACGAGGUGAUCCUGAAAGAAUGUAGAAGUGGAUAUGUCUUGGGAACAACACUCCAAGGAUCCAUUGACCUCUUUGGCAUGAUACAAGCUACUUAAUAUACAUACAAACCAGGAAUAUAGAAAAGUUGAAUAUUAAUUGCCACUUAUCGCAUAAUAUGCACUUACCGAAUUGCACCCUAAGUAUCCUCUACCAUAUUUCAUCAAAUGUGUUUAUUUUAGGGGACUAAACACUAAUGGUACGAAUUUCUGUCCCUUGGUGCUGUAGCACUUGAAUCUGUACUCUCCCUUAAAGGAAAGCUUUAGUGUAAAAAUAAAAACUGGGUAAACUGAUAGAAUGAUAAAAUGUUCCUAAUGUAUUUAUUUAGACAAAAAUGUAAUGUAUAAAGGCUGGAGUGACUGGAUGUGUAACAUAAUAGCCAGAACACUAC